AUGCGGACCACUAUCACCGCGCUGCUUAGCGCACUUGCUGUAUGCAUGCUGCUGGUAGCUAGCCCCACCGAGGCUGUCCCAUUCUCGUUGCUGCCGAAACCGCACCCUCUCGUCAUCUGGCACGGUCUUGGAGACAGUGCUCACUCUGAAGGUAUCGAAUCUUUUAUGUCGCAGCUCAAGGAGGCCUUCCCCGGUCUCUAUGUGCACUCGGUGACACAGGACGAAUCGAGCGACUCGGAGGAUCGAAAGCAGGGUUUCUUUGGGCACGUCAACGAACAAGUGGACAAGGCUUGCCAACAGCUCGCUGCCAUUGACGAGCUCCGCAAUGGUUUCGAUGCCAUCGGCUUCUCGCAAGGUGGCCAAUUCCUCCGCGCCUACGUGCAGCGCUGCAACACGCCCAAGGUGCGCAAUCUGGUAACUUUUGGAAGCCAGCAUAUGGGCAUUGCUGAUCUGCCCGCGUGCGGCCCCACCGAUCUGCUGUGCCGCGUGGCCGAGGCGGCUCUGCGCGGUGGCGUUUACACCGACUAUGCUCAGUCGCACCUCGUCACGGCACAGUACUACCGCAACCCUAAAGAUCCCAGGGCCUUUGCUUCGUACUUGGAAAAGAAUGACUUCAUCAAGGACAUCAACAACGAGGGGGACGAGAUCAACGCCACCUACGCGCACAAUCUCGCCUCGCUCGAAAACUUUGUCAUGCUCAUGUUUGACAAGGAUGUAACGGUCGAACCCAAGCAAUCUUCAUGGUUCGCCUCGUACCCCAUCCGCAACGAGACCGACUCUGUCCGAGGCGGCGACCCGACCCUCGAUGAGCCAACGCCGCUGCGACAGAGCUCCAUCUACCUCGAGGAUCGAAUCGGUCUCAGAAAGCUGGACCGACGAGGCUCGCUUGUCAUGGAGCUGUGUCAUGGUGCUCACAUGCAGAUCGACCCGGCAUGCCAGCUCAAGGUGUUUGGCAAGUACGUCGGCACGCCAUCGACCGGGCUGAACGGUCCGAUUGCACGAUGGAUCGACCGCACCUGGCGUUGGACGCUCUACAACGCCACAGGGUUGCGGGUGGAAGAGACGGGCGGUCUCAUCCUCACGCAGAGCUUCAUUUUCGUCGGCCUGUUCCUCUCGGUGCGAUUGCUGUUCGUGGUCCUCAUCCGUGGUGUCGAGGCCAUCUCUCGUAAGCAAAGAGACGUGGCCGUGGUUCACACUGGUCCUGGUCCCAUUCAUCUGCCUUAG